UCACCGCCAAUGCGAGGUGGCUAUCGUGGCCGAGGAUAUCGUGGACGCUGGGGCGAUCGCCAGAUUUGUAAAUUCUUCCGCGAAGGCUAUUGCAGAGAUGGCGACAACUGUUCUUAUUCUCAUGAUGCCACAGAUUCGGGCCGCAAAGCUGAAUUAUGCAAAUUUUAUCAGCAAGGAUACUGUAAGAAAGGGCUCCAGUGCCCGUUGCUGCACGGCGAGUAUCCGUGCAAAGCGUACCACAAGGGUGAAUGCUCGAAGGAUCGUUGCAAGUUCUCGCACUUACCUCUGAAUAGCUUCACACAGCCGAUAUUUGAUCAGGUUGGUGGCCCAGUCUGCCUUGUUAUGUGUAUGAUGAAGGAUGAUGAACUGGCAUCACGCAUUGCCAUUCCACAGGGCCCGUUAAAACGACGCGUUCUGCUGCCGGGUGGACCGAGUUCUUCUCCACCAGGAGCUACCCCGUCAGCAGUCCCAGUAAUGGUCACGGUGAACGCCGAUGCAGGAAGCAUAACGGCCGGGGGUAUUAUACCUCCACCGUCGGUUGUGGUACCCACUCUGUCCUCGGCCGCCGCUGCAGCAACAGUCACUUCAGCAGCACCAGUGACCAUCGCCCAGCCGCAGCUCAUCAUCCCACCGGCACUUGGUGCGGCUGCCAGUCAGACAACCUAUCCGGCAUUCUUCCCUCAUCACUCGGUGUCCACGCCGGUUCUUGCCGCCACCUCGUUAGCCACCGGCACAUUUUCUGCCUUAGCACCACCGCAGGUUCCUCAAGCUACUGCUGCUGUUCUACAGCAUUAUACGGUUGGUUUCACUGACUUUUCUUAG